AUGGAGAAAAGAAAGAUUCCCGUGUUUUGUUAUUGGAACGGUUGUAUAAAAGAUGGCCCUGAUGGUCCAUUCUACCAAGGAUCAAUCCCCAGAGUGAUCAGAGUUGAGAGCAAGACUGAUUUACCCACAUUCUUGAAUGAUCUGCGUCGAGUCACUGGGUUUGAUAAGGCUAAGUUCCAAAUUGAUUUGAUUGGCCUCUCUAAAGCGUUGUCGUCAAGGGACGCUAAUGUUGAUGCCAAUCUGAGAGAUAACAGUAACGGGUGGACUGUAGAUGAGGAGAGCACAGAAGACAGAAACUGUGGGGAUGCAGCGAAAGGUUCACAUAAGAAAAAGCAGUUGAUUUUGUCUAGUUCAUGGCUUGAUGAAAGCGAGUUACAAAUUGGGAUGCCUUUCAGAGAUAAAGAAGAGUUGGAUAAGGCAGUGAAGCUCUACUCUGUUAGAAGGCAACGAGAGCACCAUGCAUACGAAUCUUCAGCUACUUUUGAGUGCAAGAAUGGUGGCUGCGGAUGGAUUCUCAAGGCAGCUGAAACAAAAGGAACUGGCUUCAAGAUAACUAAAUACAGAGGUCCACACACUUGUAAGCCAGCAGAUGUGUGCUCAGAAUUUCUAGCAGCGGAGCUCCAAGGUCUAAUAAAGGCUCAGCCUUCACUCUCAGUUACAGAGCUAAACAAGUGGGUGAGAGAAGAGUUUGGCUACACAGUCUCUGGUGAUAAUAUGUGGGAAGCUAAAGAGAAAGCCAUCACUUCAAUCUUGGGAGAUUUGGACAAGAGCUUUAGCCUACUUCCCAAGUUAAUGGAUGCUCUUUCCUCAUCUAAUAAGAUGGUAAUGGACUGGCAAUAUUCGAUUUCUCCUGAUCCCAAAGAAGCAUCGUUUCAUUCUGUAUUUUGGGCGUUUCAUCAGUCAAUCAAAGGGUUUCCUCACUUAAGACCUCUGAUCAUUGUUGAUACUAUAGAGUUGAGCAGUAAACACCCUGGAAAACUGUUGGUAGCUGCAGGAUUCGAUGCCGGAAACAGGCUUUUCCCACUUGCGUUUGCGAUUGUUACUCAAGAAAGAUUGUCAGCAGAGUCUUGGCCUCUCAACGAACCUGAAUGUCAAUGGGCGAAACACCGGUUCUGUCUUAGGCAUCUCUGCUUAAAGUUUUACGAAGUUUUCCAUAGCAAUCUCAUGACAGAGCUUGUUUACAAGGCUGGAUCAUCAAGGUACGUAUCAGGUUUCGAUUGCUACUUGAAAAAAAUCGAAAAGAUGAAUCCAGAGGCUAAAGAAUGGUUAGAUCAGUUACCUAGGCAGCAAUGGGUUCUGGCUUAUGAUGAUGAUGGGAUAAGCGAAUUGGUGAAAAGAGAAGACACGUACGUUAAACGCGUCAUGACAAAGCUUGACGAGUACAUGGUAGCCUCUAGAGCACACGAUGUGUUACAACUAGACCAAACCGGACAACAGUUUCAGGGAUGGGUUUGCGCGUGUGGUGUAUGGCAGCUUUGCAAGUAUCCGUGUUCUCACAUCUUAGCUGUUUGCAGGAAGCUGAACAUUGACCAUUUGGAGUAUGUUAAUGACUACUACAGUAAAGAACAUUCUCUUGAAGUUUAUGCAGCUGACUUUAGUCCCCUUGCAGGAGUUUCUGAUUGGCCGGAAGCUACUAAUUUUCCAAGAUUGUUUCCUCCGGGAAGUCGCCCUGAUGUCCGGCCAAUGAGUCAGUGA